AUGGCUUCUGUGGAAGCAGAGUCACAGAGUGCAUCUAAUGCCGUUGACGGAGGCGCCGUCUUGCCACGCCUUGUUCAGGCUGAAAUCCAACGUCUACGCGAGUUUCACGCAUCACACUUUCCAGGACAAGACGCGCCUGUGAUCGAGGAGCGCAUUCUCGAUUCAGAACAACAGCGUGCAGAGUCCAUCGACGAUGUUGAAAGCCUCGGAUACUACAAUGACGGAGUGGCGCGUACUUUGACCGAUGAGCAGAUCAGAAUGUUCCGUCAUUCCGAGAUACAGCGCCUACUCAUGGCUCGGAGACAGCGACGCGAGAAAGAAGAGCAACAACAAGAGAAGUUCCGCCGGCAACAGGAACGAGAUCGAUCUUCACGGCGGCGCUUCGACGAUGAUCAGCAGCAGCAUCAACCCUCAAUUGACACCCUAAUUUACGAUGAUCAGGUCGACCAGGGCUCCGCCAAGACCGACAAUGCAGUGCCCAGAGACAAGACGUUCCGUUGGCCCAGAUUAGGCAGCUGA